CCAGGACGCAUGCUCGCUCCUCUCCUCAUCCGGGUACCUGCCGUUUACUGUGUGGGUACGGAGGCGGGAAAUGGCGUCCAGAGGUGCGGGCAGGACAGAGGUGAACCUGGUCUGAAGAGGCAAUCGCGAGACCGCGGCGAUCGUCGCUACUGCAAAAUUGAAAUUGACCGUUAUCCAGCCAUUUGAUCCCCGGAGCUUGGUCUAGUCUUACAUGUGACUCCUAACAAAAUGAGGCUGAGAAUGCGUAAGGCUUCUCAGCAGCCAAACCUCACUGGUAGGCCUCUCCCGGCCCGGACCAAACGGAAGCACUCUGAGAUGGAGGAGUGUUCAGGUGAAAGGACAGGACUUCUGUCCAGCAUCAAGAAUUUCAUCCAUGGAAAUUCCAUCACGGUGAAGCAGGAGAUCCCAGCAAAGAAGAAUCGUCUAAGCUGUGAGCUGAUCACUUCCACCCCACAGAGAAAUGACCUGUCAAGGAAAAACAUCUACAGAGCUUGUAGGAGAAGCCCCAUCAGUGGAGCUAAAACAAACCAUGACACGAGUAAGCCUGUCAGGCCUAAUGGGAAGUUGGAGGACUCUGAGGAGGUUGUAAGCAGUCCACCCCGCACAUCCCUGCUUGGGACCAUCUUCUCUCCUGUCUUCAGCUUCUUUUCACCAGCAAAUAAAAACGGCUUGAAUUCUCCAGAUCAGGCAGUGGAGGCAGAAGAGAUUGUGAAGCAGCUGGAAAUGGAGGAAGUAGAAGAGAUGCCCACCAGUAUUGACACAUCUAAAGAGCCUCUGAGUGUCCCUCUAUACACCAGUGCCAUGCCCCCUGCCCUUAGGCCACCACCCCCCAUCCACACAUCUGCAGAAGAGGGUGAAGUCACCCCUCACCCUGACCUGCCCCCUCUAACAGCUCCUGGCUCUCCACCAGCAGGGGGGUACGUGGAUGCUUCUAUCACUGUCCCAGCCGAAGGAUCCUAUGAGGAGGAGUGGGAAGUGUUUGACCCGUAUUUUUUCAUCAAACAUGUACCUCCACUAACAGAAGAACAAAUGACUCGCAAACCUGCGCUCCCUCUUAAGACUCGCAGCACUCCUGAGUUCUCCCUUGUACUUGAUCUGGAUGAAACUCUUGUCCAUUGUAGCUUGAAUGAGCUGGAUGAUGCAGCACUUACAUUUCCUGUCCUCUUUCAAGAUGUCAUUUACCAGGUUUAUGUGCGAUUGAGGCCAUUUUUCAGAGAGUUUCUCGAACGCAUGUCUCAAAUUUAUGAGAUUAUUCUCUUUACUGCCUCGAAGAAAGUUUAUGCAGACAAGUUGCUCAACAUUCUUGAUCCGAAGAAACAGCUGGUGCGGCACCGAUUAUUUCGUGAGCACUGUGUCUGUGUACAAGGAAAUUACAUUAAGGAUUUGAAUAUUCUUGGACGGGAUCUGUCCAAGACCAUAAUUAUUGAUAACUCACCACAAGCCUUUGCUUAUCAGCUCUCCAAUGGAAUUCCUAUUGAAAGCUGGUUCAUGGACAGGAAUGACAAUGAGCUUUUGAAGCUUGUUCCUUUCUUGGAGAAGCUGGUGGAAUUGAAUGAGGAUGUGCGGCCACAUGUUCGCGAGCGGUUUCGGCUGCACGACCUCCUUCCCCCUGACUGAGUGCUCAUUUUGGUAUGAAACAGUAAUAAAGAAAACAAAUGCAGAUAUAUGCUUUGGACUACAAUAUUAUUGCCAUUAUGGUUUAAAUUAACCUUAGUUCCCCUUGUUUUAAUCACUUUAACAUAAAAAACUAAAUUGUCAAAUGCUCCCUUUCGACUCCCUUUCUUCCAAAGUAAAUGUGUAGCAGUCAAAGAAAAUCAUGUUUUUUUUUUGUUGUUUUUUUGGUGCUCCAAUGAAAUUGGUUGGUGCUGUUAACUAAUUUCAACAGGAAUGGCCAGUAAGAGAAGUUUACCUUUUGACAGAAGUUGGAUAUUUAUGUCUCAAUUGAAUUUAAAUUUUUCCUAAUAGUUUCAUUUUUAACAUGUUCAUAAUGCAUUCCUCUCCACCUGUGUUUGUUAUUUGGAUGGUGUUUGUCAAAUCAGCUCCGGACUCCUGCCAAAAUGUUAAUUUGCAAAGAACUUUGUGGUUUAAUUAUUUUUCUGUUCUUUAAUGGUGUUUGUUUUCACAGAGAUCAGUAAAAUCAUUAUGUUAUGUAAGGCAUGACUGCAAUAGAAUGGUUUAAACCAUAGUGAUGGCUGUUUCUUAAAAAACGGGUUUGCAACGAGUAAAUUUUCAAUUGUUUAACCCAAAAUUUCCCUUACAAAGCUUCAAGUUCAGCAUCAUCUUUAUAUUUCAAACUUAAGAUUAUUAUUUUAAGAGCUCAUGCAUUAGUUGUUAAUGGUAGCAUCUGUCUGUCAAAAGUUGUACACAAAUAGUAUUCUUCAUAUACUGUUACAUUUUUUCCUUUUUUACUGCUUAAUGAAGCCUUUCUUGAUUAAUUAUUAAUGUUCUUUGAGAGAUAUCACAAUAAAUACAAAAUGUUUACGUAUUAGAUUUAAAGCAAGUUAAAUUUAGGAAAUAAUGUAGCAUUACGGCGGGCUGACCUGUUCUACCUGAGCUGCAAACUAACAAGAUGUAGGGCUGAAACCUAGAAUAGCCCUGUUUAUAGCACCAGCAUAACAACAAAAAGCCUUAUCGCUGUGGUUUAAACCUGACUGCCUGUAGUUAGAAGUUCUGUUUUUUUACCAUUGUGUGGGUUAUUGCUGAUUGUAUAAGUCUGAAAGAAUGGAAGAUGACUAGUGCAAAGAUUGUUUUAUUUUCUUUACAUCACUUUUAAGUGAUACUUCAAAUCCAGUAAUACGCAGAGUAAGAGAUCAAACUACAGUAGUGCCAUUCAGAAAGAGGAA